AUGGCACAGAAUGGUAGCAACAACAGCAACAACACUAACAUCGCCGGCAGCGGCGGCAGUGUUCCAGGCGGUCCUGGUGGUCCUGGUGGUGGAGGGCCCCUGAACAAUAAUAAUAAUAGUAACAGUGGCUACAGCGGAGCAGCGGGCAACCGUGGACCAGCUGGCCGUGGAAGCAGCAACAACACCACCAAUCCCUCAGUAUCCUCCUCCUCCUCCUCCUCGACGCCCUUCUCCGCCUCGUCGCCCUCCUCGACGACGAUCACCUCGCUGAUCAGCAAACUGCAGCAGAGCUUCAGCGACGCCAUGUCCACGCAGAAGACGGUGGUGGAUAAGCGUGCCUUCGAGAAGACCUACAAGAACAUGGACAAG